AUGCCAAAACCGAAGCCCAAGUCUGGGCCACAACUGGUUAUUGACAAUGAGCCUAAAUCGCCAGUGGUGAAGAUACCAACCGACGCUGAAAGACAAAUCUAUAGCCGUCGUCUUCGCACCACUUAUGAACUAUUGGACAUUGGCAACGCGAAGGGUGCAUUGGCAGAAACCGAGAAGUUGGUGAAAAAGCAUCCAGCGAUGGUGGCUGGUGAGUGCUACAAAGCCCUAGCGCUCUUCCGUUUGGGCAGGAAUGACGAUGCCUUCGCGCUGAUCCAUAAGCUCGAGGCACGCCUUUCAGUUGAAGUUUUUGAUGACUGUGCCCUUCAUGGUCUCACACAAUUCUAUCAGGAAGCUUCGCUGUUCGACCGCGUCGUUAAAAUCUACGAGAAGCAAGUGGCGCUGUAUCCGGGGGAAAGCUCCUUGAAAAAGCUUUAUUUGGAAUACGGGCGUCAAACGGAUUACGACAAUCAGAUGAAGAUUGCACUCAAGUUGAACUCGUUGUUUCCCAAAAAUAACCACUUUCUUUGGCUAGUUUCUUGCAACAUUUCUCAGGCGAGGGCAACGAAAGAUGAGAAGAUGAAAACUAUGCAUUAUCAGCUGGCUGUGCGGCGUCUCGACAAAGAAUACAAGGAUGGCUGCUUUGACGAGAAAGCAUUGGCCCUUUAUGCUCAGUUAUACGAAGGAAUGAAUGAGCUCCCGAAGCUUUACAAGGUGUAUAGCGACGCCAUAGCGAUUAAGUCAAAGGCACUAGGAGCGCCCGAAGAGAUUCAUUCCAAGAUGGAUCGUGUCAAAGGGAAGUACGAUAUGAAGGGUGCCAUUGAGGAUGCCCUUCAGCGUCUUGCUCACAGGCCCCUGCAUGAUGGCUAUUGGGAAACGCUCUACAUUCUUCUCAGAGACCUUCCGUUGGACGAGGCGCUAAACUACAAGCAGGGAAUCAUCGAGCGGAUCGAGGACGUGCUGGAGAACAUUGCCAAUCAUUUUGACUGUGCUCCCGACGCAAACCCUGAGGAAUGCUGGCAGCUUCAUUGGUUCAGGGCUCGCUUUUUGAACUUUGUACGCGAGGCCCCAGAUGGCGCCUGGAAGAAGUUGAUUGGGCACGCGGAUGAAGUCUACAUUGCGGCACUCCAUGCGUUGCUCAAGACAUCCUACAAAAUUCCAUACACGUUCAUCACAUCCAAAGAUGUUUUCUCGGGCUUGAGUGAGCGUGAGCUAUCGCUUCUGCGCGAGAUCGUUUGCGAUGACGCCUUUUUGGAAGACGCUGGCUCCCAAGAAUCUGCCAUAAGCUAUGCCUGGGCCGCAGUGCUUCGAUAUCAAAUCCUGUGGGCCUUCAACUGGGUGACGGACACGACACGGGAUUUCGUAAAAGCCUUUUACGCGGAGGUGUUCGAGCAAAUUGGUUGGCGCAAGCUAGGGCCUGGUCUUUUCGAGAUUCGCCAUAUGCCAGUUGAGAUUGUCGACAUGUUUGCAAAGGUCGCUGGUGAGAUGAUGUGGAAAGAAUAUUCCGAGAACGGAGACGAGCAGAUUGUCUACGAGUUUCUUCUCUUGUUGGAAACACUGGUCCGUCCUCACAAGGAUAAAGUCGCCGACCUUCGGGUAUUGAUGCUGAAGCUCUACUCGCAUCUGUGCUUGAUGGAUCGUACUCUUCUUAUGGCGAAACGCGUUGAUGUAAAAAAUGGACUAGUUGACACUCUGGGUCAUUCUCUCUUUUUGCAAUACGAGCAGACGAUGAACUUCCAGGCGGCUUGUCACAAGUUUGUAAGCGCCGGGCAGUUCUACGAUGCGACGGAGCGCGAGUUGAACGAAUGCAUCAUCCAAGAAUAUCGUCAGGGCACCUUGUAUCGAAUCCCGCUGCUCAUCGAAACAGCCAGCAACUUUAAGAAUAGCAUUAAUGCGGCUUAUUGCGACAUGAUGAAUCGUUGGGCCAGCACUAUGCAGUUCGUAAAGGGCUCAUAUGAUAUCAUGUCCGUGUUAGCAGCCUCUGCGGACGAGCUUCCAGAACGUUUUGUGGACUCACGCGACGUAAACCUCCAGACUUUCCGUUGCGACGCACGAGAAGCCGAGUAUACUGAAGGUUUGCUCAGGGAGAAGGAAAGGACUUUCCACGAGCUGGAUUGUUCAAUUCGACUUCGUGAUCAGCUUAUGAAGUCUGUCGCGGAUCUCGGCAACAUCAAGAAUAAUGGUUCCGCAAAAGCCCCGGAAAAGUUGAAUACGUUGGCCUCCGAGGCAAAGGCGCGGUAUCCUCCACCGCCCAAGUCGGCAAUAACACGCAUGGAUGAGUUCUUCGCGAUCGGUCAGAAGAUAAAAGAAAUGGUCGGAUCCUCCCGGAAAGAUGUUUUAUUCAAAAAGAGCGCCGACCGAUUCCUGGAUUUUGAUCCGGGUACUGGAAACGCCUCAUUCAAGUCACUUCAUUCGGCGGGCGAGAAGAAAGAAACUGGAAAGAACGGAUCUGACGUGUUCGAGAAAGAAAAAGGUCCAGAACAACGCAAACAGCGCGACGGAGCAAAGAAGGUCGCUGACGGUGCGGUCGAAGACGUUCAUCCGAGAAAGGACCGGUCAACUGGAUUGAUUUUGGCGACCAAGCCUGUUUCGACAUCCGGCGAAGAACUUGGCUCAGCCAGGAUCACGGAUGACGUCCACGUCGAGAUAGAUCAAGAAACCGAGGUUAAACCUGUCAUCGAAAAGCCCACCCAUCAGGACGAUCAGGGGACAGUUGAUCUUCAAGCCAGUGCGGACGGAGUCAUCGACGGUGACCACCAGUUCUCCGACACCGACUCGGUUCGAACAGCACUUCAGUUGCUAGACGUUGGCGAAAUACACAGUGAAGAACCACAGGAAGGGCAUCAAGAAGAAAAUGGUCAGCAGCAAGAAAGCGAUAGUGGCAGAAAACAGAAGGGAAAGAAGAAAAAGAGCAAAACGGUGGAGGCUGGCCCACACUCCGGCGGCGAUCAACCGACGGCUGCCGAGCCGUUUGGAUCGAUUUCCGACUCUGCUUCGCUACCGCCCGAUGCUUCGCCUGAAAACGUUGCCGUUACUACAGCCGAUCUGUUCGAUUGUGACGAAGAAACCGCUGAAGACAAUGCUAUUCGUACACACGCCCGUUUCCGCCCUGAUGACGUUGCACGUGUGAUGUUCAAUGAAGGUGGUGGCAUGCCUGAUAACUACGUGAAGAUGGUUCGGCAAGAGGUGCAAGACAUCCGCGGACUCAAUGUUACGACUAGCGGGGAAGCAGCUGUUGUUUUUGACGCAGCGGUGGCUAUAUAUGAAAAGGUCAAGGUCGAGAUGGCGGGAACGGAAUUGCCACCGGCGGUCCGCUCUCUUUUCGACGGGUUCCAUGGCCUUAUCGAGGUAUUCAAGAAAACAUUGUCGGAGCAAGGUGGAUGUGUGACAUUGGAUGACUUCCAAGCCCAUUUCAAAGAUGCUGAUUCGAAAGAAAAGUAUCAAGGCGACGGCGCCGUUCUACAGCGAGCCGCAGAAGAAUGGCAACAAGCUCUUGACCGUGAUAAAGACGUAAUUGCUGGCUUUAUUGAACGUAUCGAUGCAAUCGUUUAUACGAUGCGCACUGGACAACCAAAGAAGGUAGAUGUCAAAUAUCCCUACUUGGAAGUUCCCAAUGGAUGUAAUAUGGACGAUUUCGUCAACGUUACUGCUUUCGACUUCACGGUGGACUUGAUCAAUUGUUUGCAUGCGCGGGCUGCCGGUGUUGAGUAUGAGAUGAAGGAAUACGAGCUCGCGUAUUCAGAAUUCGUCGAAUACGCCGAUACUUCUUCGUUUAUGCAGUUGUCUCAGACGAUGCGUCGUUUCAGUUUUACGACACAGCUACUUUGCCAUAGUCGCCUAGCGCUAGAAAUGUUCGGGGUUGGCCGUAGCCGUGAGGCGACCCACGCUGCCACCGGCAAAUUGCCGCCAUUCCAACAUCCCACUGCUCCGCGAAAACUGACACCGACUGAGAUCGAAAUGUGGCAACGAGUCAAGGAAUUUUCCAAGCAAGCUGAGCAGCAUUUGUACACCUGGGCGAUUUUGUUGACCAACACUUACUUCGAUCGCGGUUUAUGUGUGGAAUGGGGACAAGAUGCCCGGAAGACAAUGCUCCAGCCGCGCAAACACAUUACCGACUUGAUGAACGCCAAGCAUUUUGAACGGACUGUUAUCGGCAUCGCUCGUCGUCUUCAUGGGAACAUCAUCGAAUAUGAAGCCGCUCACAACAUCAAA